UAGCCUACACUGAAACAUUAGAUCACGCUGAAGAAGCUUUGAAGUAUUGGUUGAGUCCUGGUCGUGCCCACGAUUGUAUUAUUGUAAAAAUCGAUCCGGUUCCUCAAGACCAAGUACCAGUCCGUAUGAGGCAUUACUGUGUCUCAGCAGGCAGAGGAACGAGAAAUAGACCUCCUCUUGUAACUGAGUUUGAAUUUGGAACCCAAGAUAGCACGGGAACUGCAUUAAAUAUUGCACAAGGUCAAUGCAUCAUUAACAUAUCGUUAAACUGUCUUUAUCAUGAUUUUAAGCAACCAGAUCCUCCUGCGCCUCCUAUCCAACCUCAAACUCUCUUACCCGAUCCUAUUCCGUUGGACUUUUAUUUUGUUCAGCAAGGUAUUAGAAGAAUGUUUGACUAUUAG